CGGGCGCGCGGCAGGAGCCAAAGCGCGAGCGAGCGCCUGAGUGAGUUCGCGAGCCGCGCUUCGUGCGCAGUCGACGCCCGCACGUUUCGCGGGCGCUCCGCGGGCGGAACUGCGGCCGAGGCCGCUUUUACGAGGCGCGAGGAACCCGUAGCCUGUAUAAGGGCCCGGCCUGGCCUGGGAAAGUCUUGAGUCUGAGCCUCCCGGUGACCCCAGGCUCAGCGGUUGCCACGGAAGCAAGACUUCGCCCACGGAGACGUUUCUUGUCCCCGCCAUGUCUUAGUGAUCUCGGGGAGUCUCUGCCUUGCCUGCCUCAACCUGGGAGGGAAAUACUGGAGGCGUGGCACUCAGUGGUGAACCUACCGCAGUCUCCCAACCGUCUCCCUAAAAUCGCUCUUUGGCUGGCUCGUGGGCACCUUAAAAUUGAGCACGUCCCACUAAGGAGGUCACAUCUUCCCCCUCAGAAAUGGACUUUCCAGGGGCGCCCGGGUGGCUCAGUAGUUGUGGGGUUCUUGAUUUCAGCUCAGGAGGUCAUCGGCAACUCCCGGUUGGCUAUCAUUUGGAAGCAAUGAGUUUAAAACCCUUCACCUACCCGUUUCCAGAGACGAGGUUUCUUCACGCAGGACCCAAUGUGUAUAAAUUCAAAAUUAGAUAUGGCAACAGUAUCAGAGGGGAAGAGAUAGAAGAUAAGGAAGUCAUCCUCAAGGAGCUGGAGGAUUCUAUUCGUGUGGUCUUGGGAAACUUGGACAAUCUGCAGCCAUUUGCUACAGAACACUUCAUUGUAUUUCCCUAUAAAAGCAAAUGGGAAAGAGUGUCCCACCUGAAAUUCAAAUAUGGGGAAAUCGUCUUGGCCCCCUAUCCAUUUGUUUUUACUCUGUAUGUGGAGAUGAAAUGGUUUCAUGAAAAGCCGUCACCUGGGAAACCAAUAAAUGACAGCCCUCUUGGAUUGGAGUCUGGUUCCUCUCUGAAGGUGCCGGCGGAGACAAAAGCAGCAGGAGCCAUGAUGAGGAAACGAGCACGAGUGGAAGUACCCAGCCCCCUGCACAGGCCAGAGCUGGACAGGGCCAAGAUGGGGAUUUCCAGCCAAGGCCCCAGCAAAAAGAGGCCCCUUAUGGAAACCAGGAGGAACAUGGAAAGAAAAACCAAGCAGAAAUGUCAGGAGAGCCCAACGUUUGAUAUCACUGAUGUCCAGGAACAGGAUUCUAAACUGGGGGACAGCCUAGUGAGACACAUCAUCCCCCCAUUGCAGCAAGACAAUCCAUCUCCACCGGAAAGACCCGCAGAGCUGGCAACCAAUGGCUUCUUUGGGUUUCUAAGCUCUCUCUUCCCCUUUCGUUAUUUCUUCGGAAAGAGCAGCCGGUGAGUCUUCCAGAUGCAGCAGUGGGAAGAGCGUCCUCUCGCAAUGACUCUUCCCAUUCCACCCUCCAUGCGUGACAUUUCAGUCAAGGGGAACGUGGGCCCUAAACUCUCUGAGUCCUCUUGUGGGUUUGUCCUAUCCUUUGCCUCUUUACAGUGGAUUUUUUUUUUUUUCAAUUUAAAACACUAAGAAAAGAACUUCCUAAAAUGUUCUAGUCUGAGAAUUGUACGCUCUGAGGGCCAGUUUAGGUCUUUCGUCUCCAGCACUUAGGAUCCUAAUGAAAAUAAAUUAUUUAUGAAGA